AUGCCAAAACCCACAUCCACAUCCAUCUUGGAACCAUUAACUACGACUGAGGCUCUGAUGGGCAACUCACCCACCCUCCCCCAGAUUGAUGAACUCCUGGGGGAUGUUAGGAAUUCCAUUUGCCUAGGGCGAAGAAAAUGGCCAAGCGCGGAGGGGAACGAACACAAUCCAGUCGUAAUAACCUUUGGACACAUACUCGCUGCCCGAUAUGCCGGUGACUACAAGAUGGCGCUAAGGGGAAUCCUUCUUUUUGCGACGGCAUACGAUUCCUCAACAUCUUUAUUCCUUCGUGCAGCCUUGCCCGUUGCCGCCUUAAUGUCAUACUUGAAGGAAAAUCCCGAUAAGGUCGGUGAUUUCUUAGAGAAAACGCCUACUCUCUCCCCAGGCGAACUAAAUUCUCCCCUUAGCCUUGACACGCAUGCUGCAAGAAAUAUGUCUCCUUGCAUACCAGUCCCAAUAACCUAA